AUGCCUGCCAAGAUGCCUGUUGCCUACCCCUCCGAGGUUGAGCCCCUCGACUCGAGAGACUCGGGCUACUCCAGUGGCUCCAGUGAUGAAUAUACCCCGGAGAUUGUCUUCACCAAGCCUCAUCUGCAGUUCCUCAACAGACAGUUGCAAUUCCUCGAACCUCAAGAUGUCCUGAGAUGGUGUGUCACAUCACUGCCUCAUCUCUUCCAGACCACGGCCUUUGGCCUCACUGGUCUGGUGACCCUGGACAUGCUCUCCAAGUUGAACGUGCCUCGCCCGCAGAUGGUCGACCUGGUCUUCCUUGACACGCUCCACCACUUCCGUGAGACGCUGGAUCUGGUCGACCGGGUCCGUGCCAAGUACCCCCUGGUCAACGUCCACAUCUACAAGCCUCAGGGCGUCGAGUCCGAGGAGGAGUUUGCCCAGAAGUACGGUGGCCGCCUCUGGGAGACCGACGACCAGUUCUACGACUGGGUGGCCAAGGUCGAGCCCGCCCAGCGGGCCUACCGCGAUCUCAACGUCCACGCCGUCCUCACGGGUCGCCGUCGCAGCCAGGGCGGCAAGCGUGGGGACAUGGACAUCAUCGAGGUCGAUGAGGCCGGUCUCAUCAAGAUCAACCCGCUCGCCAACUGGUCCUUCGAUCAGGUGAAGCAGUACAUCCAGGACAAUGAAGUCCCCUACAAUGUCCUCCUCGACCGCGGCUACAAGAGCAUUGGCGACUACCACUCCACCCAGCCGGUCAGCGCCAACGAGGAUGAGCGGUCGGGUCGCUGGAAGGGCCAGCAGAAGACCGAGUGUGGCAUCCACAACCCCCGAUCCAAGUACGCCCAGUUCCUGAUGGACAUGGAGCGCAAGCGUCAGGAAGAGGCCCUGUCUCAAAUGCAGCCUUCCCUCACGACCACCGCACAAUAG